CAUACAAUUCUUAAAGCUUUUUUACUAAUUUUUUUGUUCACAUCCGUUACCAGCAUCAAUAUGAAACUAUAUUGGCAAGUUGUAGUCGCUGUAGCCUUAAUAUUAAUAAAAGAAAAUUCAUGUGGGCCCGCCAUACGUCCACUGUCCAAGGGGGCUAUUAUCUUUCCAGAAGAUAAUUGGGAUGAUUGUUUCCUAGACAAAGCAUCCACCCAGCCUGGUGUGUGUAAAAGUGUGGAAAAAUGUCCUGAAAUAUUAAAUAAAUGGACUAAGCUAAGUAUUUACCCCAAGACAUGUUAUUUUAUCAAAACGGAACAAUUUGUUUGCUGUCCCCUAGCCUCAACUAAAGAGGCAUCAACCACAACUAACAGGCCUAAUACAGUAACUAAGAAACCCAUCAAUAUAUUCCACGAUAUAUUUAAUACAGAUCCUGGCUUGGUUACAAAAAAUCCCAACAAUAUUAAUAACCAAACGCCUCCUACCAAAAGGCCUUCAAAUAUAUUUCUUGAUAAUCUAACUACAAACAGUGGAACAACAACACCCAAAAGGCCCUCCAAUAUUUUUCUUUAUAAUUUGAAUAUAGACAAAACUACCGCUAGGCAGCCCUCAAUUAUUAUACCCGAUAUUUUUAAUACCGAAAGACCCGGAAAUCUGAAAAGACGCAGUGAAAUAGAGUGUGAUUUACAUAAUCGAGCAAAAUUCGAAAUCGAUGUUAAUGGUGAACCUUCUAUGCCAAAUGAGUUUCCGUUUAUGGCUGCCCUAGGCUUCAAAUCGAAGGACGAUAAUCAAAUCUGGUAUCCUUGUGGUGGCGUAUUAGUUUCAUCUAGAUAUGUGUUGACAGCAGCCCACUGUGCCGAAAUAGGAGGCGUAAAUCCUUCAUUUGUUCAUUUGGGCGAUACCACCAAUCUAACAGAGUCAGAGGAGGGCACUAUUAAAAUAAAGCAGUUCAUUACGUAUCCGGGCUAUAAUGUAACCACCAUCUAUAAUGAUAUAGCCUUGGUGGAAUUGGUGGAGGAUGUAAAUAACCCCACAGCUUGUUUAUGGUCCACACCGGACGUACCCAUCACUAAACUCACCGCCUUGGGCUAUGGACACACUCGUUUUGGUGGCAUCGGCUCAAAUGAACUACUGAAAUCUCCUUUAACUGUCAUUGGUAAUACAGAUUGCCAACAAUUCUAUAAACUCGAGGAUACAUUGCAGAACAUGGAUAUUGUGGAUGCUCAUCUGUGUGCCGGCGAUAUUGAAAAUUUAGGCGAAACCUGUCAGGGUGAUUCGGGCGGCCCUUUAAUAAUGGAACUGGAUAAAGUGUCGUAUGUUAUGGGUAUAACUUCGUAUGGCCUGGGUUGUGCCGAUCUACCACCCUCGAUUUACACCAGAAUUUCGUCAUUUAUCGAUUGGAUUGAACCAAUAAUUUGGCCAGAAAUUGAUGUGAGAUUCGAUAGAAAAUAAGAAUAUAUGUAUAUCUUGGAUGAACUAAGAGAUUUAUAAAAAAAAGUAUUUAAGGUAUUUACAGACGAUAAUACAAUGUAUUAAUACUUUUCAAAUUUAAAAUCUUUUCGAAAAAUAAAUUUUUUGUUUUCAUUUUUGUCAAAUAUUAAAUACUCAGUAUUGUCGUCUAGAAAUACCUUUAGUUGAAUAAAUAAUAUUUUAUAUAUUCAGAUUAUAUAUU